CUGAACCGGUGAACCCUAUUAGAUUAAAUCAAAAUUCAUAAGAGAAAAAGAAAAAAAAAAAUUACACAGAAUUCUUGUACGGCAGCAAAACCAAAGUACGCCACUGUCCGAAAACUCGCAAAACGUGGGCGAAAAGUGCCUCAAUCACCUCGGUGAUCGGCGGGACUCUGGGCUACUCUGUCUGUCAUCUUCGUUGUUGAUUAGGCCUGCAACCAGUCCUGCUCUACAUCUUUUCGAGUACGAAUAAGGUAGAUGACAAAGUUGGGCAUUUAAUAUGCUCUGGAGAAUUGUAACUAAAAUUUAGGUUUCUUAACUCUCUUUUUUUUUCCUUUCUUUUUUGGUUCUAAUUCAAAUGGAUAGCAACUGGGGAAGAUAGAGAAACAGUUCGUAGACUGCAUCCUUCUGCUGAAAGUGAUAACUAAGCUUCCUGAUUUGAAGAUUGUUAUUUGAGUUCUAUGAUUCUGAAUUAGUCGAAAUAGCUUUAUGCUGCAAGCCAUCUUGGUUUUCUCUAUUUGUUAAGUGCAAAAUCAGAUUUUAUCAAGAUGGAAUUCACUGAUGGGUAUAUGUCAAACGAGCACCAGGAGCAGCUUCGAUCAGCUACAGAGAGUGCGAAUCCUUUAUCUGCCUCUCCCGUGCAGAUGUCUACAUCUCCAAGGUCACCUCGAUCGCCAAGGUCACCUCGAUCGCCAAGAUCACCUCGAGCUCAAAACAUACCUCAAUCACCAAGAUCACCCAGAGCUCAAAACUUAUCUCAAUCACCAAGAUCACCUAGGUCUCCAAACUCACAACGAUCACCAACCUCUCCCAGGUCUCCAAAAGGUUAUCUUUCUAAGCCAGGACCAAGCAAGAGUAGUCCACUGAAAAAUCAAAGGCAUUCACAUUCUUUGAGAGAUGGGCGGCCAAAGAAAGGUGGUUGCGGAGGAAAAGGAACUUGGGGAGGCCUGCUUGACAUAAUGGAUGACCAUAUCCUUGACCGGAAUGAUCCAAAUUACAGCAGUAAUGAGGAAAAUGAGCUCACAAUCGCUAGGACAACAAAUGCAUUUGAACAAUACAAGAAGAAGGUUACCAUAAUUAUUGAGGAAUACUUUGCCACUGAUGAUAUAACCGCUACAGCCAAUGAACUAAGGGAACUUGGAAUGCAGAACUAUGAUUUUUAUUUUGUAAAAAAGCUCAUAUCUGUGGCUAUGGACCGGCGUGAUAAAGAGAAAGAAAUGGCUGCUGUUCUCUUAUCAGCACUUUAUGCUGACAUAAUUGAUCCUCCACAGGUGUACAAAGGUUUUAUUAGGCUAUUGAUGUCGGCAGAUGACCUGAUAGUAGAUAUACCAGACACGAUUGAUGUUCUUGCACUGUUUUUAGCUCGUGCUGUAGUUGAUGAAAUACUUCCUCCAGCUUUCUUGACAAAAGCAUUGACCUUCUUGCCUAGCGGAUCAAAGGGAUUUGAUGUCAUCAAACGGGCAGAGAAGGGGUACUUAUCGGCUCCUUUGCAUACAGAAAUUAUAGAGCGGCGUUGGGCAGGUAACAAAAACAAAAAUGUUGAGGAUGUGAAAGGAAGGAUCAACAAUUUAUUAACAGAAUAUGUUUCAAGUGGUGACAAGAAAGAAGCUUACCAAUGCAUCAAGGACUUGAAUGUACCAUUUUUCCACCAUGAAAUUGUAAAAAGAGCAGCUGUACUAGCCAUGGAGAAUCAUCAAGCUGAAAGCCGUCUUCUGGACUUGCUGAAAACAGCUGCUGAAGAAGGUCUGAUUAAUUCCAGUCAAAUCUCGAAGGGAUUUGGCCGAAUUAUUGACAAUAUUGAUGAUUUGACACUUGAUAUCCCGAAUGCAAAAAGGAUACUGCAAUCAUUGAUAUCGAAGGCGGCAUCAGAUGGUUGGUUGUGUGCAUCUUCUUUAUCUGAACUCUCAUUGCAACCUGCAAGGGAAUCAAUAGGAGAUGAUGCUACCAAAGAAUUCAAGAUGAAGGCUCAAUCAAUGAUUCAAGAAUACUUUCUAUCUGGUGAUAUUGCAGAAGUGAAUCAUUGCCUAGAAUCAGCUAACGUAACCUGUGCAGCAGAACUGAAUGCUAUAUUCAUCAAGAAGUUAAUCACAUUAGCCAUGGAUCGGAAAAAUAGGGAGAAAGAAAUGGCCUCUCUUCUGCUAUCCUCAUUGUGUUUCCCAGCUGAUGAUGUAGUGAGUGGAUUUGUUAUGCUGAUAGAAUCUGCAGACGAUACAGCUCUCGACAAUCCAGUGGUCGUCGAGGAUCUAGCAAUGUUCUUAGCCAGAGCAGAGGUGGAUGAAGUUCUGGCACCACAACACUUGGAGGAGAUUGAGCACCAGUUCUCGGGUACUGAUUCAGUCGGAAACAAAGUUACCCUAAUGGUGAAAUCAUUGCUCAAAGCUCGGCUUUCCGGGGAGCGAAUAUUAAGGUGCUGGGGUGGUGGAGGAAGGUGUGGAAAUGGCUGGGCAAUUGAAGACGUCAAGGACAAGAUAGGUAAACUGUUGGAGGAAUUCGAAGCCGGAGGCGAUACAAGGGAAGCAUGCCGGUGCAUCAAAGAGUUAGGCAUGCCAUUUUUCCACCAUGAAGUUGUGAAGAAAUCCCUGGUGAUUAUCAUUGAGAAGAAGAAUGAUCGGCUAUGGAAUCUGCUUGAACAAUGUUUUAGCAUGGGACUAAUCACCAUGAACCAAAUGAUGAAGGGUUUCGUUCGAGUCAGCGAAUCUCUGGAUGAUCUGGCUUUGGAUGUACCAGAUGCUAAGAAGCAGUUCCAACAUUAUGUUGAAAGAGCAUUGGCGGAAGGAUGGCUCGAUUCUUCAUUUGGAUUAUGCAGAACAGAACAAGCUUUAGAGAAUGGAUCUUCUUAGUGAUUUAUACAGUUUACAUUUUCAUACAAAUACUAUUUGCAAAACUCUGAUUUUUGUUCCAUCUUUAUUGUCAUUUCGAUUAUGAUCCCGUAUUAGCAUAAUCAGGAAUUUGUAAUAUUCUUAUGUUUAGGGAGAAUUCAUACAAAGCAAUGUACUUUAUGGAAACAAAAGACAUUAAAAAACUACAGAGUAAGAUUCAGAUAUUCAACGAAUUUCAAUAAAUUCCAUUACAACACUGUAAUUAGUGUAAUUUUCGUCAUUUACAACGCUGGUGGUGAUUGCUCAAAACCAUUAAACUGUGAUUCAAAUGGUCUUGAAGGAGAAUCCGGCGAUUGUUGUGGGUUCGGCCCGCCCGGAACAAGUCUAUCCACGUAAGGGGAAGGAGAAUCCGGCGAUUGUUGUGGAUUCGGCCCGGAAGGAACAACCCUGUUGAUAUUUGCAUGGGAAUCAAAGGUGUUUGGGAUUGUGAAAGCAAGCCUCUUGAACUUCAAAUCCCUCGGCUUCUUCGGCGAUGGAAGAGAUGCUGGUGGCUCAUCCGGAUUCGGGCCGGAGGGAACUAUCCUGUCCGUUUCAUAUGCGCCGGCAGGGGUAUUCAGGCAAAGAGACAGAAGAAGAAAAGAGAUUAGGACUUUGGCCAGCUCCAUGGUUAUUGUGCAAAGGAAAUGUCUUCUUAUUCUUGUCUUCAGCUAAUUUAUAGCUCUUUUUUUUGCAUUGAAUUUUUUACAACCUGGUUGUAAAGAAAAAGUGAUUCUUUG